AUCUUUGUCAGUGCGCACUGCGCAUGCUCCGUUUAAAUUUCUGAAAAAUGUCGAUGUGGCUUUAAUGUGAACGAAUUCCUGUUGAUUCCAAGUUUGUAAACAGAGGUCACUAUGGAAAUGUUUGCCAUUCUCUUUAUUUGCAUGUUCAGCCCCGUCCUGGCAAACGAAGAGGAGCGAUUACCAAAUAAAUGCGAGGUUUGUAAAUUACUGACGGUGGAGUUGCAGGACGCCUUGGAAAAAACUGGCCGCUCGAAGGAAGUUCUAGAGCUCGGAGAAGUUUUGGACACUGGCAAGCGCAGGCGCAAAAUCAAAUACAACACUUCAGAGACUCGCCUUACUGAGGCCAUGGACAACAUCUGUGAAAGGAUUCUGCAGUAUAAAGUCCAUGCUGAGAGACCGGGGAGUCUUCGCUAUGCCAAGGGCACAAGUCAAACCAUGAACACGCUGAAAAACCUGGUGGGUAAGGGAGUGAAGGUGGAGCUGGGGAUCCCGUUUGAACUGUGGGAUGAACCAUCAGUGGAGGUGGCAGACUUGAAGAGACAGUGUGAGACCAUGUUGGAAGAGUAUGAGGAGAUUGUGGAGAGCUGGUACUUUCAUCAUCAAGAUGAGAGACUUGACGGGUUUUUCUGUGCAGCCCAUGUCCUCAGAGACUCGGACCAAGAAUGCCUGAAUGAGGUAUGGAAAGGUGACAUGGGUGUUGAGGGAUCCAAAGAGGAGAGCGAGGGAGAGAGCGGAAGACAGACCCAUGACGCAGGAGAACUGUGAAAGCAGAGCUAUAAUGCUUGAUGAAUGCAUGAGACCUGUAGGAAAUCUUUGCACAAAACUACAGGAACCAAGAAAACUACGUUUUUUCCUCAAAUCUACAUGAACAUGACUUUACCGCAACGAACACUAACUGUAAGUGUUCAAAAUUGUCCUGAUCUGUUACUUAUGCCAGAUCAUGUUACGUGAACGGUCCUUGGUGUUUUACCUCUUUUUCCAUGCUGAUAUUUCUCAAUGUUACCAAUAAUGAAGAAUGACACUGAAAUGUGCCUUUUAUUACGUAUUAUCUUAUAGGGAUGCAAUUACAAACACUAACAGUUUUUUUUGCUGAUCGACUUAGGGAUAGGGAAUUGUAUACGUGUUUAUCAUUAUUGCACAACCAUGCACAGACCAAAAAGAUGGUUUUAGGAUUUUGUAUUGUGAGGUAUUUUAAAUAUAUUUUCUCCUGAUGUAACAUGUACAGUAAUGUUUUUGAACAAUGGAUUCUUGCUAUAAA